AUCGUGUUUUUAGUCGGACGUUAUUAUUAAACGGACCGCAAACAUGGCUGCCCCUGGAAGUGGCAAUGGAGAGCAGUUAGCUAACUUUUCUUAGUUAUAUAAGAAAAAUAGUAUUAAUAGAAAGGACUAUAGUUAGAAAACAUGGGGUUUAUUAGACACGUUGUCUGCGCCAUGUCUGGCGGCGUUGACAGCUCUGUCGCGGCGUUGUUACUAAAGAGAAGAGGCUAUAGUGUAACUGGCGUUUUUAUGAAGAAUUGGGACUCACUGGAUGAGAAAGGGGUGUGCACUACAGAGAAAGACUGUGAGGACGCCUACAAAGUGUGUCAGACCCUGGACAUCCCCUUCCAUCAGGUGUCUUAUGUCAAAGAGUACUGGCAUGAAGUGUUCAGUAAGCUACUGAAGGAAUAUGAGAAGGGCAGGACACCAAACCCAGAUAUACUAUGCAACAAGCAUAUCAAAUUCAACCAUUUCCACAAGUAUGCUGUCAACACUCUGGGUGCUGAUGCCAUGGCAACGGGCCACUACGCCAGGACGUCGCAGGAAGACGAAGAGGUUUUCCAACAGAUGCACACAGGCCCGCCUAUCACUCUCUUCAGAGAUCGAUUUGAGAUUAGAAAUCCGGUGAGGUUGUACAAAGGAGCAGAUCUCCUCAAAGACCAAACUUUCUUCCUCAGUCAGAUCUCCCAGGAUGCCUUGCGACAAACCAUGUUCCCACUGGCCGGACUCACCAAAGAGUUUGUCAAAAAGAUUGCUGCUGAGGCAGGGUUUCACCAUGUGCUGAAGAGGAAAGAGAGCAUGGGCAUCUGCUUCAUUGGGGAGAGAAACUUCGAAAGCUUUAUUUUGGAGUAUCUGGAACCUAAGCCAGGGAACUUUGUCUCCAUUGAGGACGGGACUGUCAUGGGAACACACAAAGGCUGGUUCACUCUGACGCUGGGCCAGAGGGCGAGGAUAGGGGGGCAGAGAGACGCCUGGUUUGUGGUGGACAAAGAUGUCGCUACUGGAGAUGUGUUUGUGGCUCCAACGACCAAUCACCCGGCUCUUUUCCGUGACACGGUGCGGACCGACCGCUUCCACUGGGUAACAGUGGACCCGCCUCCUGAGCUAGCCAGGACCCAAAUGAUGGAGUGUCAUUUCCGCUUCAUCCACCAGAUGCCGCUCACUCCCUGUACAGUGACACUGAACAUGAACGGCUCUGUGUGGAUCUCACUCUCCCAGCCAGUCAGAGCUCUGACACCUGGACAGUUUGCUGUGCUCUACAAAGGAGACGAGUGUCUGGGUAGUGGGAAGAUCGUCCAACUGGGGCCCAGUGAAUACACACUCCAGCAGGGCAGAGAACGGUUGGUAGCAGCCGCCCAGCACAAGGAGCAGGAGACCCCUGAACCAGCCAGCUGAGAUGACCUCACAGCCCGGGCGUGGUGGUACUUUAGGUAGAGCACCCAGUUUAUGAAAAUAAACUGUCUCUUAGACAGGGCUUUGUGACAUAGUGCCUGUUCUGGAGGCUGUAAACGGUUGAUUGUUUUUAAACUUGGACGCAUCAACAGUAUCGAUAACACAAGCAAAAAAGGGAUUCCUGUACUGCUUUUAGUAUUUUGUGUUUAGAUACGAUGACGUUUCCGACUAUUCGCUUUUACAUCUAACAUUACUAAAUAGAUCUACACUGACACCACAGCAAUCAUCGUCAGGUACAGUAUGUUUGUUUCAGCUUGUAAUAUACAUGGGUUGUCAUUUAACGUUCAUGAUGUCAUAAGAUCUGCUGCUAUUGUUUGCAAAGAAGACCUGCACCUUGGCAUAAGGUUAUUUAAGGCAAAAAAAGAAAGAAAAAAGACUGUUGGAUAAUGAUGUACUAGAUCUGGAGUGCUGGAUGUAUUUUCAAAAUAAUUUCCAUCUAAGACGUGCUGGAGGAUAAUUGCCAGAAUUGUGGUUACCCUUUGGAAUUGGAGUUCAGAAAUCAAAAUCAAGCUCACCUUUUUAAAAAGUAUUCAGCUCUAAAAUAUUUCCAUAGAUGGAAAACAUUCCACCCUUCAAAAUAUAUUAGUAGAGUUUUUGUCUCCAUACAGUACUCAAUGUUAUGACCUGUGGCCUGGAAGAAAGGCUGUGUUUUUCAAGGACUCUGGUAGUCUGAGCUCUUUACUGAUGUUUUCUGUAUCGUAAUAGUAGGAAACCUGUGACCCAGGCAAAUGGAAUGGAUGGUGGGAUUUGACUCUAAGCUAGCAGGGUCACUUGUGGGUCCAGAGAUGGUGGACAUGACACAUUUUUUUUGGCCCUCUUGACUCAUCUGUGAAUGAAAGUAACUGUGAUAUUCUCUUGUUUGUUCAGUAUAAUGGGAUUCAAGCUUGUCAUUUACUGUAGCUUUUCUUAUCAUCUGAGGCUGCUCAUAUUUUCCAUGAAUUUGCCUCCUGUACCUUUUUCUGAUUGACUGUCAGUCAUGUUCACCCUGCCUCUGUGCCAACUGCAAACCUCUAAGACUAAUGAAAAUCCUCUUUUGUUGAGUUAUGACACCUCCACUUGGUUCAUUGAAUCAUUGUCACAAAACAAGAUAACUUUUCUUUCUGUUUGUUCUUUGGAGUAUUCACUCUGCACCCUUUUUUGUGUUGUUUUGAAGUCUUCUCCUCUAAGGAGAAAUUAUGUUCAGAAGCCAGUUGAUGGUAAACAUAGGAGAAACAUGCCAAGUUACAAGCAACUGAAUAAGAAACAAAAAAAACCCAAAUAUGGUUUUAUUUGUUAUUUAAGCUCUUUUACACGUCAGUCACAUUUUGAGACGGUUUUUAACAAAAUGUGCCACUUGGUUCAAUUGUUCUAAAUAAUUGAAAAGACAAUGAAAUUGUUCAUCUUAUUGCUCAACUGUUUUAUGCUGUCAUGCAUAUUGAUUCAUUUAAAGAAAAAAAAGAAAAAAAAGUGCCUUUUCUCUUCAGUUGGCAUUGUUGUAGGUCGUGGAACAUGAGUCCUUCCUUAACUACAGACUGCAAAUACUUGAACAUUUACGAAUGAGUGAAUAAACCUAAUAAGUGA